AUGACUCAAGGGACUAGUGCUUCACUUCAGAUAGAAAGAUUGGAUGGGGGGUGUGGUAGUACUAGUAAAGGCAGUGUGUCUAACAUGGAAGAUGAAAAGGAUGAAAAUUUGGAUCAUAUGAACCAAUUGAGUACUGGUAAACCUCCAAGAAACAUCAAAAUGGUCAGGCAUUGUAGCAGCUCUGCAUUUUUUACAGAUUUUGAAUCAGAAAGUGGAAUUUUGGGAUUGGUCUCACCAUCAACCGAAAAUUCUGCAUUUCUACCUAUUUUUCGCUCUGGAAGCUGGUCGGAGAAAGGACCGAAGCAGUACAUGGAGGAUGAGCAUAUAUGUGUAGAUAAUCUACAUAAACAUCUUGCUACAUUAGCGGAAUUUCCCUCUCCUGGUGCAUUUUAUGGGGUAUUUGACGGACAUGGUGGCAUUGAUGCAGCCUCUUUUACCAGAGAGAACAUUCUUAAAUUCAUUGUUGAAGACACCCAGUUUCCCUCAGGAACAAAGAGGGCAAUUAAGUGUGCCUUUGUGAAGGCUGAUCACGCACUUGCCAAUACCAAAUCUAUUGACAGUUCCUCUGGCACCACUGCCUUGAUGGCCCUUAUUUUGGGAAGGACCAUGCUCAUCGCUAAUGUUGGUGAUUCAAGAGCUGUGUUGGGCAAACGAGGAAGAGCGAUCGAGCUGUCAAAGGACCACAAGCCCAAUUGCAGCUCAGAAAGACAAAGAAUUGAGAGAUUAGGAGGGGUCAUCUAUGAUGGCUACCUUAAUGGCCAAUUAUCCGUGGCUCGUGCUCUUGGAGACUGGCACAUUAAAGGCUCUAAAGGUUCGAACAGCCCCUUAAGUUCUGAGCCAGAGUUGGAGGAGAUUAACCUGACAGAAGAAGAUGAGUUUCUGAUACUAGGCUGUGAUGGCCUAUGGGAUGUAAUGAGCAGCCAAUGUGCAGUCACAAUGGUUAGGAAGGAGCUAAUGAUGCAUAAUGAUCCUCAGAGGUGCUCAAAAUCUCUUGUCACAGAAGCACUCCAGCGCAACACAUGCGACAACCUGACAGUUUUGGUGAUCUGUUUCUCCCCUGAUCCACCUCCCAAGAUUGAAAUUCCCAAGAACCAUAGGAGGAGGAGUAUAUCUGCUGAAGGGCUGGACCGUCUCAAGGGUAUUUUGAAUAAUUAG